AAGUUUAAGCACGCGAGUUAAGGUCGGUCAGACUGCUCCAAAUGCCAGGCAUCACGGGGCGAACUGGCCCCCCCUUUUUAUGGCAUUCGACGAGAAGACCAGCCUCGGGAUAAUGUCGUAUGAUGUAGCUUAGUGGCGACGACUGGCGAGUGAUGAUGAGGCGACCCACCUUUGCAGAUGAUUGACAAUUCCGAGGGUCAUCAGUUGGCUGGCAGGCAGACAGAGUCACAGAAGUGGAAGGCGAAAUCGAGUUUGAUCACUGGAGCGACGAGAGUGAGAGCGAGAUCGAGAGAGAACGAAACAGAAGCGUUUGAAGUUACUACUAGUGUUGGGUGAUGAAGUUGAGUAGUGGUAGUAGUAGUAGAGAUGGUUGUUGCGCCUGGCAGGAAAUGAGUUCACCGGUCAAAUCGUUAACAUCGCCAUCAUUACUUCGCAAUUAUUAAUUCUUUAUUGUCCGUUGUCUGCAGCCGGCUUAGAUGCUUGUUGGUGGUGGAGUCUUUGCGUCUGCUGUCGCGUACCUCAGUGUCUGAGUCUGCGUCCUCCCCUCUCUGUCAUGUGUGCGUUGUGCCUUGCCUUUUAAUUCUCCUGGUGUCAAGUACGUCAACCAACUGCACCUCUCGAAACGCUCUUUUGGUGUUACUGCUCGCCUUUAUAAUUGACAAGCAAGAAAGUGGCGAGAUUGAGCUCAUUCAUACGCUCCCAUCAGGACUUCACUUCUUGCCUGGUGGUCCUUCCUCCCGUCACGAGACUUUGGAUGCUAGUUUUGAUUGAAGAAUUGCACAAAGAAAGUACAUUUUUGACGCUGGGUCCUGCGCCGUCGACUUCACCCUUGGUAUUACUGAAAGGACGACGCGCUUCCUUGAGUAGAGAAACUAUAUGCCUGAGAUUGGCGCCGGACAAUUCUGUUCACUGUUUGCAAAAGGAGUAGCCGCGUUGAUGAGUGUAGAGAAUUAAACUGCAUUUAAGAGCAUUGGCGUCGGUACUGGGGGAUUGGUGGUAGGCUCAAUGGCAGUGCAAUCGCAGUAUCUGCCCAACGUCGUUCUUCCAGACGACGGCUCCAACAGGGCCCCGGCUGUAGUUGGAAAUGAAGAGCACCCCAAUUUCUUGACGGCGGGUGGUAUUAAUCAGAACGCGUUCAACCUCGGAAAGUUCCGGAAUCCAUCGACCGUGAUGCCCGAAUCUAACCAAUACCAUGUCUUCAAUCAACUGGCAGGCGGGCGCCAGGGAUUUACGUCGCAGCUUGAUGCGUCGCUCCCGAACGGUGCAGACAAAGAAAUUGUCGCAAACAAUCUUCUUGGGUCGAGAAAAAGGUCACGAGAAGCUGAAGACCUUCGCAGUCAAUGGCAGCAGCAACAGCAGCUUCUAAUGAACACUGUAUCUGAAUUCCACCAGAAUACGGGUCCUGGAUCUGUGGUAAACCCCCAAUCAACAGGUGUUUCGACGGGAUUGCGGCUCACCUUUGAGGAUGACCGUCUGCGGUCUUCUUCCCCCGUCUCCACCAGCGGAAGGUUAGAGGCCACGAAGAUUUUUACCUCCAGCAUUGCUGAAAACUUCGGCACGCAUUUGCAGCAAGAGAGGGAUGAGAUUGAGCAGCUUUUGAAAACUCAGAGGGACCAACUUAAAGCCUUUCUGGAACAGAUGAGACAGCGGCAUUCUCGCCAACUGGUAGCCGUAGUGGAGGAGGGAUUUUCACGCAGGCUACGCGAGAAAGACGUGGAAAUGGAGAAGGUGAAACUCCAGAACCAGGAAUUGAUGGAACGUUUCACGCAGCUUAAUGCAGAAUCGUAUCAUUGGCAAAACAAGCUUCGCACCACAGAAGCCAUGGUGAACAUCUUGAGGUCCAAUUUGCAUCAGGCUCAGCAGCAGCAGCAGGCGUACCCACCAAGCAGGGAACAAAGCAAGGAAGGAUGCGGGGACAGCGAGGCGGAUGACUGCGCGUCUUCUUACGUGGAUGACCGCAACGACGCCCACACUCGCACCAUCAACGAGAACAAGGAGCUUCGGGAGCAGCGCACUUGCAGGGUUUGCCGAUGCAAGGACGUCUCCAUGCUCCUCUUGCCGUGCCGGCAUUUGUGCCUGUGUCUGGGUUGCGAAGGACAGCUUCACGCGUGCCCCCUAUGCCGAACACCGAAGAAUGCUAGUGUGCAAGUGUAUAUGUCAUGACGUAUAAACGAUUAAUCCCAUCACAGUUCCAGGAAUCUAACAGUGGGUCAUAAGGCACCAACAAAAACAGAGCUAUUACAUGAUCAUAUAUCACUGCACAGAAAGAAAAAAAAAGAGAAGAAAAAAAAAGAAAAAGAAGAAGUGUUCAUGUAUAGUCAACAGACUUUCAGUGGAUACCGUAUUUGGGUAAUCGGUAUAGGGUUAUCAUUUAUUCGCUUGAAGAGAGGGAAUGUGGAUACGUCGGGCAAGGCUGAUUUAACUGCACACGCUACUGCUGUGUAUGCAUCGCAAGGUUUUACAGCCAACCAGUUACUUCCAAUAGUUAGCAUGAUCAACCCCUCUGAAGAUGUGUACAUGCACCCCAAUUAUUUUUUUGGAGUUGUAGAGAAUUUAUUACAUUCUUGUGAUCCAUUUCGGAGGUCGGUGCUUAAUUGCUCAAAGAAAAUACAAGAAUUGUUCGCAUUCUCUA